AUGCCUCCUUGGCGCCUCCUGUUGGAGGUGUUCCAGGCACGUCCUACUGAUGUUCCUGCAUCGACAUAUACCUCUGUUCAACAUUCUGGUAGCUACUAUGAGUCUGGAGUGUCCCAGGUGGCCAUCACUGAGAUGCAGCAAACAGCAGCCAAGCAAGGGCAGGAGGAAGCAGAGGAAGACUACCCAGCCGAGGAGGAGGAAGCAGCUGAUCAGUGCGGCAGGAAAAAGAGCUUUUCCACUGAGGAGUGUGAUGAGGACGGAUUGGAGGACCUGCCCUCUGCCAUAUGCCGCCGCGGGGCUGUCGGCCGCUGGAGGGGCCCCAUCUCUCGUAAGGCCAGUCAGACCAGUGUCUACCUGCAGGAAUGGGACAUCCCGUAUGAGCAGCUGCAGCUGGGGGAGCUUAUUGGCAAGGGUCACUGGGGGAGGGUGCAUAAAGGUCGCUGGCAUGGUGAGGUCGCCAUUCGCCUGAUGGAGAUCGACGGCAACAACCAGGAUCACCUGAAGCUCUUCAAGAAGGAGGUGAUGAACUACAGGCAGACCAGGCAUGAGAAUGUGGUCCUGUUCAUGGGCGCCUGCAUGGCCCCACCCCACCUCGCCAUCAUCACCAGUUUCUGUAAAGGUGUGACUCUGUACUCUGUUGUAAGAGAAAGAGGCCACAUGCUGGACAUCAAUAAAACCAGACAGAUUGCACAGGAAAUUGUAAAGGGAAUGGGCUAUCUGCAUGCCAAAGGCAUCAUUCACAAGGAUCUUAAGUCUAAGAACGUGUUUUGUGACACAAACAAGGUGGUCAUUACAGACUUUGGCCUGUUUGGGAUGUCUGGAGUGGUGCAGGAAGGCAGGAGAAAGAACGUGCUGCGGAUCCCUCACGGUUGGAUCUACUACCUGGCUCCAGAGAUUGUUCGAAAAAUGAGUCCAGAGGUGGAUGAGGACCAGCUGCCUUUCUCUAAAGCUGCUGACAUUUAUGCAUUUGGCACAAUCUGGUAUGAGCUGCAAGUUGGAGACUGGCCAAUGACUGAGCAACCUGUGGAAGCUAAAAUCUGGCUAAUUGGCAGCAAUGAGGGCAUUAAGAAGGUGCUUGCAGAAUCCAACCUGGGCAAAGAGGUCACGGAGAUUCUGUCUACCUGCUGGUCCUCUGAGACAAGUAACAGGCCCACUUUCAUCCAGCUGGCAGACAUGCUGGAGAAGCUCCCCAAACUGAACCGCAGGCUGUCUCACCCCGGACACUUCUGGAAGGCAACUGAGCCAUGGGAUCAUCAUCACUGUCUGAGGGAUCACUGCCAUCAGGGUGUACAUGCACACUGUCCAUACAUGUACAAAUACAGCAGCUGA